AUGCAAAUGUGGAAAAUUGGAACUGAAGAAACAUUUAAAUACUAUAGAGCAAAUAAAAGUAUUAUUCAUUUAAAAUUUGAUAAAAAGUUAGACACGAUGAUGAGUAGUCAAAAAGUAUAGACUUUGAAAUCUGUUUCAUCUUCUAAGAUAAAUCCGGAUUGCUAGACUGCUGAAUCAGUUUAUGAAGAUAAAAGACAACAUAGUUUAACAUAACAUGGCGCUUAUUCUGAGGAUUAAGAUUACAGAUUUUUUAUUAGUAAAAAUAACUAUUACGACACUCAUCAAAAUUAGAAUUAGCGAUCCAUUAAAAAACCAAUAUUACAGGACUUUUCUGGUAAACAGGAUUCUGAUACUAUUGAUGAUAUAUUUAAAUUGUCUUUGACAGAUUAAUCCAUGUCUUAAUAGUAGUUUUGUUCCAAUAAAGAUUUCUACGAAUCCAUAAAAUAGAAGCAAUAAUACGGAAUAAAUAAUAACAACACUUAAAUCUAUUACAAUACUCAACAGAGCACUAAGAAUUUUGAAGCCUACUAAGAAGUUUGCUUAAAAACUUCACUGUGUCAAUUGGACAAAAGAAUAUAAGAAAUUUAGCAAUAGGAGAUUUAAAAGAGUUACCAAAAUGAAAAUAAGACUUUUGACUAAUAUUAUUAGGAAUAUGUCACUGAUGAAAUAUCUAAUAUAUAACAUGAAAUUUAGGAAAUGCAAAAAUUUUUAAAAAGAAUAUAAACUGCAAAAGACAAGUUGACCAGCAGUGUCUAAGAUUUAAGUUAUCAAAAUAGUUAAAGAUCCCUGCAAAAAUUGAAUCAAGACUUGGAUAUAAUGUAAACUUUAAGAAAUAAUAUGCAAAAUUAAUUACAAAACAAUGUAGAUGGUGAUAAAUUGUUACGAUUGAGAUUGAUGAAAUAAUAGAUCUAGGAAUGCUUUAAUGAUAUAGAAGAAGAGAUAAUUAAGUUAAGUAAAUGA